AUGGUUGAGGCUCAAGAAAAGGUUCAGAAACUUAUUUCUGAUCUCUCUUCCCCUUAUUUUCUUCAUUCAGUCGACCACCCCCGUACCCCCCUUGUUGAUAUUGCUCUAACCCAUACCAACUAUGGGUCCUGGAGCCGUUCUAUCACGAUGGCCCUUUGUGCCAAAAAUAAACUGGGUUUCAUUGAUAACGCCCUACCUUGCCCCACAGAUCCCGAUAUUCAACCCCUGUGGAAACGAGUUUCCACGAUGGUCCUCUCAUGGUUGUUGAACAGCAUCAGCAACACAAUUACUCCAAGCCUAACCAGUUGCCGCACGCCGUAUGAACUAUGGCGUGAUCUUGAAUCCAGAUUCACUCAAGGGAAUAAUGCUACCGUUUUUAAAAUUCAAAGAGAGACCACUCAUCUUCAACAAGGUAAUCUUGAUAUUACCAAUUAUUAUAAUGCCUUCAAAACGCUUUGGAAUCAACUCGAUGGGAUUGAUCCGCUUCCGGAAUGCACAUGUGGUACCGCCACAGCUUGGCAAAAAAGGGUGUCGAAUAAGCGUGUAUACCAGCUUUUGAUGGGAGUCAACGAACCGUAUCAUGUUCUUCGUACUCAGAUUCUCGCCAUGGAUCCGCUUCCCGACCUUGGAAAGGUUCAUGGCUUGUUAAUCGCGGAAGAACACACCAAAAAUCCACAACCUAUCAUCACCACUUAG